AUGUAUAAAAAAGGUAAUAAAGUUGAUUUUGCUGUAAGUAUAGGCAGAAAUGAUCUAAUUAAAUUAUUAUUUCAAUCAGGAGAAACAGCAACAAAAUGUCCAUUUAUUGAUGCUGCAGAAAAUGGUCAUCUUGAAGUAGUAAAAUAUUUACAUUCUAUAGGAUAUAAAUGUUCAACAUAUGCAAUAGAUAAAGCUGCAGAAAAUGGUCGCCUUGAAAUGUUAAAAUAUUUACAUGAAUUAGGAUAUAAAGGUACAGAAUAUUCAUUUACUCGUGCUGCAGAAAAUGGUCAUCUUGAAGUAGUAAAAUAUUUACAUGAAUUAGGAUAUAAAGGUACAGAAUAUUCAUUUACUCGUGCUGCAGAAAAUGGUCGCCUUGAAGUAGUAAAAUAUUUACAUUCUAUAGGAUAUAUAUGUUCAAAUUGGGUAUAUAAUUAUGUUGUAAAAAAUGGACACUUUGAAGUAGUAAAAUAUUUACAUUCUAUAGGAUAUAGAUGUUCAACAGAUGCAAUAGAUAAUGCUGCAGAAAAUGGUCAUCUUGAAGUAUUAAAAUAUUUACAUGAAUUAGGAUAUAGAUGCUCAAAUUGGGUAUUUAAUGAUGCUGCAAAAAAUGAUCACCUUGAAGUAGUAAAAUAUUUACAUUCGUUAGGAUAUAAAGGUUCCACAAAUGCAUUUGAUUAUGCUGCUAUAAAUGGUCGCCUUGAAAUGUUAAAAUAUUUACAUUCUAUAGGAUAUAAAGGAUCGAUAAAUGCAUUUGAUUAUGCUGCAAUGAAUGGUCACUUUGAAGUUUUUAAAUAUUUACAUUCAUUAGGUUAUAAAGGAAGAAAAGAUACAGUUUAUUGGGCUGCAAUGAAUGAUCACCUUGAAGUAGUAAAAUAUUUAAUUGAAUUAGGAUAUGAAUGUGAUGAAUGGAUAAUUAAUGAUGUUGAACGUAAAGGAAAAAAUGCUAAACAACUUCUUAAAGUAUUAAUAGAUUUACAUUCUAUUGGAUAUAAAGGUACGGAAAAAGCAAUUUUUCAUGCUAAAUUAGCUGGUUACCGUGAAGCACUUGAUUAUUUACGUUCUAUAGGAUAUAGUUACAGUUGA